AUGGACCGACCGGCGACGACGGAGAAACCCGUGACGGAUAAACACACCAAAACAAUAGCAAUCAAUGAGCCACCAGAAGCGGGCGAAGUAGGUCCGGCUGACUUCGAGACGGCCAUCGCCGCCACGGGCUACGGGCGCUUCAACUACAUCCUGCUGCUGGUGGCGAUGCCCUGCUGCAUGACGACCGUCUUCGAAACGACCACCAUGUCGUACGUGCUGCCGAGCGCCGAGUGCGACCUGAACCUCUCGCUGGCCGACAAGGGCAUGCUGAACGCCAUCACCUACACCGGUAUGAUAACAUCCGCCUUCCUCUGGGGCUUCCUGUCCGACACGUACGGCCGGAAGCGGCUGCUCGUGGUCGGCUUCCUGCUGGACAGUACCUUCAACGUCCUGUGCGCCCUCAGCCAGAAUAUGGCGACCAUAAUGGUUUUCAAAUUUAUGGGUGGCUUCGUCAUCUGCGGACCGUUUGCCGUGCUGAUGGCGUACCUGUCCGAGUUCCACAGUCUGCAGCACCGCUCCCGGGUGAUGAUCGUGCUGGGUGUGUUCUACAGUGCCGCCAACAUGCUGCUACCCGCCCUUGCCUGGCUGAUAAUUCCACAGUCGUGGAAUCUGGUGAUUGGCAACGGAAUGUUCGAGAUCCACUCGUGGCAGAUCUUCCUGGCGGUCAGCUGCCUGCCCGCUGUGCUGAGCGGCCUCAGUAUGAUGUUUCUCCCCGAGAGCCCCAAGUUCCUGAUGUCGAAGGGGCAGAACGAGCGUGCGCUCGCCGUCUUCCGGUGGCUGCACGCCAUCAAUACCCGCGGCCGAGAGCAGUUUCCGAUUAAGGAGCUAAUCAACGAGCUGGCAGCAACGAGCACCGAAUCAACACCCGGCAAGCUGGCGGGGUCGAACGCGGGCGGAGACAAGCCGGUCGCCGGCACCGGGCUCGGCGAAGGCUUCCGCCAGCUGGGCAUCAUGUUCCGGAAGCCACAUCUGAAGAACGCUUGCCUGGUGUACGGCAUACAGUUUGGGAUUCUGCUGGGGUUAAACACCUUCCGCCUGUGGGUGCCGCAGCUUUUCACCAUCAUCGAGGAGUUCGAACACGAGCAGCAUCUCACGCAUCUCGACGCAUCGUCCUCGCAGGCCACACUCUGCGAGAUGCUCGCCUACAAGGUCAACAAGACGCAGCACAUGCAGGAGCAGUGGCUAGAGCGUGACGUUGCUCGGGCCCUCCACGGGCCGGAACCGGCUGGCGUCGAGCCGCUCAGCGACAUCCUCAAGUGCACGGCCACAACGGAAGGUCGGAUCUAUCUGUACUCAUUAAUCAUCGGGUGCGUCGGCAUCGGUGCGUACGGCGUUACGACGCUCAUGAUUAAUUCCAUCGGCAAUCGGAACAUACUCGUGUACGGACUGCUGCUGGCCGGAACGAGCGGAACCGCCCUCUACUGGGCCCGCAGCUCCCUCGUCACCCUCAUCCUGUCGUCCUGCUACAUCACUAUCUGCAGCAUCGCAUCAACGGCCCUGGUCGGCGCCGUCGUCGCCAUGUUCCCCACCUCGAUGCGAACGAUGGUGGUCUCGCUGACGAUGAUGUUCGGCCGCACCGGGUCCAUCAUCGGCAACGUGGGGUUCCCGUAUCUGAUGGCGCUCGGGUGUCUGCCGCCCUUCGUGAUGAUCGGAGCGAUUGUGAUUGCUGUCGCCGUGGUUUCCCGGUUGCUGCCGAGGACGGUGAAAAAACCGCUUCAAUAGCACCACCCACCCCCGCAACCCGUCGGAUCCAGCUUCCUGGUCGUGCCCAUAAUUGCUUAAUCAAUAUUAAAACCGGCGUGUGCUGCUGGAGCGUGGAAAACUAAUUAAUGGAAUCACACAGCCCAAGCCGGAAACCAUCCACCCGAAGCGCGCUAUAAAUGACCCCAAUUAGGGACAACGGCGGUCGGCCGAUCCACGGUUCGGU